CGCAUUUGUGGCUCGUUCACGGAUAGGGAGUAGGAAGACUUUCCAGGAAGGUACAUUUGUUCGUCUGUGGCAGCAAAAAUAAGAGCUUUCUUCCCAUUUUGAAAGUAACAAGGUUUGGUUGGCAAGUGGUUUCGUGGAGGGAGCCCACUUGUUCAGACAGAGGGGAUACAGGAUUGAAGCUACAGAUGGAGUUUAAAAUUGAAAAUACGUGGAACAACUUUCCAGUAUCUCAUGAUCCAGUAAUGAUCAAGCUGACACCAGAAAAUGCUGGAAUAUUGAUGGAAGUGAAUGCUCCAUUUUUUAAUGAUCCUCCUGCUCCUCCUGGUGAACCAGGAAGACCAUUCAAUGGUCUGUGGGACUAUGAGGUUGUAGAAGCAUUCUUCUUGAAUGACCAAACUCAGCAAUACUUAGAAGUGGAGCUCUGUCCGCAUGGGCAGCAUCUUGUAUUGUUUCUUUCUGGCAGACGGAAAGUAUGUAAACAAGAGCUUCCUCUAAUGUUUGAAGUAUCAAGAAUACAUGCAAAAUGGACAGGCAAAGCCCAUCUCCCGUGGAACUAUUUUCCACCAUCCAUUGACAAAUUUAAUGCAUUUGCAAUUCAUGGAUCAGGUGUGGAUAGAACAUAUGAAGCCCUUUAUCCUGUAGAUCACAAUGAGAUUGGUGAAGAACAGAAACCUGAUUUCCACCGCCUGGAAUAUUUUAAAAGCUUCAAUCUGAAACUGCUAAUGGGUGAAGAUUGGAAGCAGCCUGGAUCAGACUUGUGGCCAUUAUGCAAAUAGACCAAUUAAAUAACAAGAACAAGAGGUAGACUAAUAGCUUAAAGGAGAUUUUUAAACAUAGAUGAUUUUCAAAGAAUUGAAAGACUUGUAAGCAUAUAACAGAGUAAGCAGACUCUUGGCAUGUGAGCAGAAUUCAAGUAGCUGUCACAGUUAUGCUUAUGCAAUAUGAGUCACACAUCUAUAAUUAUUUAUCUAUAUGAAAAUGUCUGUCAUCAUUGGUAUCUUUUUACUUCCUCAGCUGUGUCUUUCAUUUUUGCUGAUAUAUAGGCUGAUCAUAAUCAGUGUUAUUCAGAAGGAAGUCAAAGGAAGGGCGUAAGUACAUGCAUACAGAGUCCUUUGCGACUUCCAAGUAAGUAUACAGUACAUG